ACAUUUAUGGGUUUUAAUAUCUAUCAGCUGUCGAAUUUAUUACCUUUUAACAUUAUUUAUAUGUAAUAAGAAAGGUUUUAGAUCUAAGAAACGCCUCAUAACUAAGAAUUUGAGCAUUAUCAUUUAUAAACAGCUUGCUGUUGAUUUUGAACGCAGCCCAGUUGAUCCACUGCCACUUCACCCCUACGUCAUUUCCGUUACACAACCUUCUCUGAGAGUUUUGUCCAAGAUGGCGUCAACGCAGUUAACGGAUGAGGAGCUUUUCUCCGAAUUAAAGCGCUUUGGUUUCACUCCAGGCCCGGUAACCGAAAACACUCGCCCGGUAUAUUUGAAGAAAUUGAAGAAGCUUCGCGAAGACCAACAGCAGCGGGGAUCCAGACCGGGUAAAACCCGUAGCAGCGGGGCCACCAACACGGCGGGAUCCAGGCCAGCCAGCCAUGACGUCACGCACCUGAGCUCUAGCAGGAGACCGGGCCGGAAGUCCUCCGUCCUCGGCUUCAGCUCCGACGAGUCUGACGCUGAAACUCCAUUGAAAAGAAAGGGCCUCAAUCACAGCGGAAGGGCAGACCGAAGCUCUGGCUUUCAACAACCAAAGAUAAGGCCCGUUACAACACCGAGUGUGGCUAUCAAGAAUCAGUAUGGCGCUACGAGUACGCUAAAUAGCAACAUUUCUCCCCCGGGUCCGGACGGACAGAGAAGUGUCUUGCUAGGCUGGGGAGUUCGUGCCAGAUCCAGCCCUGAGGCGGAAGGGAGGGAUUACGACGAAUCGGGGGACGAGGACGAUUAUGGGGGGGGGACUGAGAAGAACGCUCGCUCUUUAAAUGGUUGUGGGGCGUCUCACUUGAACACUAGCAAGCUAGCCGGGGAUUACUCAGACUCGGACGAGGAGGAGGUUGGGGGCCUUGGUACCGGAGAUCGACAGAGGGAUAGGCUGGAGCCUAGACGGAACCACCAGAAAGCGGCGUUCCCUUCCCACGAAGUCGGCCGAGGGUCUCAGACGGGAGGGGUAGCAAGAGAGGUUGAUCCGCCUGAGAGUCUAAACAUGGUGAGAAGCCGGAGGGAGGAGGGGGAGGAAGACGAGGUAAAGAGAAGGGAAUCGGACUCAUCGGGAGGCUUGCGGAGCCACAACUUUUCCAGGAAGUCCAUCUACGUGUCCCUUACCGACAACCAUGGAGCAGAGGCCGGCAAAAACAACCACCUCGACGGCGACCACGGAGCCUCCAGAAGCAGCAGCAGCACUAGCAGGUUCAGCAUUGGGCUGAGACCGCGCUUCUCCAACUACAGCAGCCUGUCUCAGACCUACAGGGGCAACCACUCCAAUCACAUCGCUCCCAGCCACCCGUACAGCCAGGCGUUUCUGAAGCAGAAGCUGUCUGUCCCGGAGGAUGAGCUGCUCCAGCAGUUCAAACGGGAAGAAGUGGCCUCCUCUGGUAGCUUCAGCGCUCACUACCUGUCCAUGUUCCUGCUCACGGCAGCAUGCCUUUUUUUCCUGCUGCUGGGCCUCAUGUACCUUAGGAUGAGGGGCUCUGGAUCCCCUGAGGUGGAUGGAGCCAUUAAGAGCCAUCCUUUUGGCAGCGAGUUUGACUCUUCUUAUGACAAGGUGGAGAAGGACCUGAUCCUAAAGCUGCUGCUUGAUCUACACGACCACCUGGCCCACAUCGCCGGCCAGCAUGACUGUGGAGACGAGCAUCAUGCAAACAGGAGUCUGUCCAUGGAAGAGGCCUCUGCGUAUUUACUGGCUCAGAAUCAGGAGUUUGAAGGCUUCAUCCAUACUUCCCUGGAGUGGAUCAUCCGGACAGGCCAGGAUGUUGGGAUAAGGCUGAUUGGGCAAGUAGCUGAUGAUCCGGUGACUGAUGUGUCUGAGAUCACUCGGCUGGAGUCCACACAUCCCAAGAUGCCCUUCACAUGCCGCUUCCGCCGAGCCUUCCUUACCGUUAUCAGCAGAGUCUUCCUCAUCGCAGUUGCGGCAGGCUGUGUGUGGAGUGUGGUCUGCUACAUGAGGUACCGCUGGAGGAGAGAGGAGGAGGAGACCAGGCAGAUGUAUGACAUGGUGGAGAGGAUUAUCGAUGUGUUGAGGACCCACAGUGAGGCUUGCCAAGAGAACCAGGACCUGCAGCCCUACUUGCCCAUCCCCCACGUCAGAGACUCCCUGGUUCAGCCUCAGGACCGGAAGAAAAUGAAGAAGAAUUGGGAGCGGGCUGUGAGCUUCCUCUCAGCCAACGAGUCCAGGAUUCGAACAGAGACUCAGAGGAUUGGUGGAGCGGACUUCCUGGUCUGGAGGUGGAUCCAGCCUUCUCUCAGUUGUGACAAGACCUCCUUGAUGCCCUCCAAAGUCUGGCAAGGAAAAGCUUUCCCUCUGGACCGGAGGAAUUCACCUCCCAACAGCCUGACUCCAUGUCUGAAGAUCAGAAACAUGUUUGACCCAGUCAUGGAGGUGGGGGAGAACUGGGAUUUAGCCAUCCAUGAGGCCAUCCUGGAGAAGUGCAAUGACAACGAUGGCAUCGUCCACAUCGCUGUUGACAAGAACUCACGAGAGGGCUGUGUCUAUGUGAAGUGUCUCUCUGCAGAGCACUCGGGGAAAGCCUUCAAGGCACUUCAUGGCUCCUGGUUUGAUGGUAAGUUGGUGACGGUUAAGUAUCUUCGUUUGGACCGAUACCACCAGCGCUUCCCACAGGCCCACAGCUGCAGCACACCCCUGAAGGCCUCCAGUCUCCAACUGAACACCACAAGCACCAUGAACACCCACCUGCAGCACCGCAGCUCAGCCAACUGUUCAGGUCUCUCAUGAGAUGAGCAUUAGCAUUAGAUUUAGCAUUUGCCCUCCCAGCAUGACGGCACCAGUCUGCUGCUGCUCCUUCACUGCUUUAUAACGGGGAAGACUUCAGUCUGUGUCACAGGAGAGCUUUUUUUUUUUCGUUUGUUUGUGUUUCUUUUUUCAACACAGGAUCUUUGCAAGGGAAGCUGUUCAGCGGUGCAGUGCUUGUUUUCUAUAAUCUUUGUAUUACAAAUGUCAUGGAUUUAACAAGGAAGCAAAGUUCUUCUGGAAUAUUUAAGAUGUGUGCAGAGGCUCCAACCCUCCCUCCUUAUCUUCCACAGUCUAACUGACGCCAUGAUGGAGUUCAUUAGGGCACUGUAUGGAAAUGGCUGCAUGUAUCAGAGUAUGCAUCUAUGUAAGCUUUCAGUACCACAGUGUGGGUGUUAAUUUCCUGAAGAUGUAUUCUGUUAUUAUCAUUCUGAUUAUUAUUUAGUCAAGUGAGGAAGGCAUGCAGACUUGUAGAGGGUGUGCUGUAAAUACAUGUGAAUGGUGGCACAAGCUUUAUUACAUCCUCUGUAAAGCAAACCAUGAGCUCACAUUUUUCUUGCUGCUCACUUACCACAGCAGAGUACAUCUGUAACCAGAGGCAAACACUCCCAAAGAGGCUGCAACAGCACCGAUACACACACACACACAACAGUUCAGCUGAUAGAACAGGGCAAUAGUGAGGAUGUUGACUCAGCCACUGUGUUUGUUGUUUGCUCCAUAUAUUCCAUGUACGGCCUUUUUCUUUCCCUUUGUCCCUGAUUUUGUUAUAGCAUCCAGCAGUGCUCCCAAACGUUUGAGCGAUAUACCAGAAUCAGGGAGUGUACCUGUAACAGUCACCUGAAGUUUUCUUCUCCAGAUAUAACCCAAUAUAUUCCCUAGUUAUUAUUAUUACUUAUUAUUUUGAUUAUUUACCUCUUUCAAGUCGGGUCAUUUUCACUGUCGGCGCGUCCCCGUCAUUGAAUUGUAUUUCCAAACCUGUUCUGAAUGAGUGGUGUGUAUUGUCAUCUCUCUGUGUACAUGACCAACAGGCCAGAGGAGCACACACACACACAUACACACUUCAGGAUGUUUCAUGCCCGGCUUAAGAUCUGUGUUCAUCUCACUUCGGUGGGACAGCUGUUUCCUGUGAUGAUGGAACCUGACUGUCGCUACUGGUCUUUGAUCAUGUCAGCCUCUUGUGAUGAUGCCACCACUCUUUUUGUCAUAAGGUGCACUGCGAGGAUGUUGACAGUUUGUAAUACUCAAUUCCAAAUAUUCCGACCCCUGUACGGAGACUGCAUUGAACUUAGGGAUUCCUGAUUGCUUGUGUGUUUUUACAGUACCUGUGUAUUCAGAAAAUGCUAAAAAUCCAGGAGUUGCCAGACAUGACUUAAUUUUUUUAUGCAGUGAAUUGAAAGUUGUAUUCAGUAUUUGUAGUGUACAAAUGAUGCACAUUUCAAAUGUUCAAAACCUGCCGCAACAGUUUGCAGCAGACAACCCAACUGUGCCUUACAUUUGUGUUUUUUAAGACUGGCACUGCAUUACUGGAGAAUGUUCUGGAUUUAAGAAAUGUUGAAACAGUUUAAAGGGUGAGUAAGGCCUGCCAUAGAUGUAGUUUUGGUAGAGUUUGACAUCUUCAAAUUUGGUAUUUUGUAGCAGUUUCAUUUGAUAUUAAACCAAAUGCUUCUCUCUAUUUAUUAUGUUUUUAAAUCAGCCGUGGUGAUGUACUAUUUUAAUGUCACUAGACCUGUUACAUAUGUGUCAUAACUUUUUUUUUUUUUCAUGAAGACGUCGAUUCAUCGGCCUUACAUCCUCUUCCAAACGUCAGGAUGUGUAAAACAACAAAAUAAAGUGAACACUUUCAGAAAUAAGCCAGUUGAUGGUGCAUCACUGCAAUAUAUUUUUGUACGUCUCCAGCAGCAUGGUGCACCUGCAGCUUCUCAGCCCACACUUACUGUAAUGAGGCUGAAUGUAAAUGUUGGUUUGAUGUGACGGCACUUCUCCAGGCUGUGCUCCACCUUUAAAUGUAUCCUCAUGGAUGUAUUUUAUGUAAACACUGUACAUUGAUAUAACUGUAAUAUGUACUAUUAUAUGCAGCUUUAUUUCCAUUGCGUUGUAUGUUUGGAGUUACCAGUGUCCCUAACCUGCUAGCCAGAGGGGGGAGGUGUACAAUACUACAGACAUUUAAAAAUAUACAGAUGUUUUAAUGUAAUUUGUCAAUUGUACAAACGGCUCAAAUUAAAGGUUUAUUAGGAGUUUUUAAA